AACACAAACACUCUGUAAUUGGUCAAAAUCUUUUUCUUUUUUUUUCCGCGAACAAACAACGAAUUCCCUGUAAUCUCUCUCUUUCUAGAACUCCAAAAGGCUGCAUCAAAUCGAAACCAGGUGUUCAAGAGACAUUUUCGUGUGGCAGCAAACCGAAGUUGAGUUAAACCUAGUGGAACUCAUGUUUAGUCCUGGGAUUUGGAAACUAACUUAAUGGAUGAUAGUCUUUAUGGGAAUGUAAAGGUAUUUAAGGAUCACUUUGAAGUUUCAACACCAAUUGCGGAUCGUACUUUGAAGAUUGAUCACUCUAUCAGGUCCCAGAGUCGUUCUAGUUCUAGAAGAAAGUUGAUGAAAGCUGCAUCUAUGUUAAGAUUGUUUAGUUUACCUGGUCUUCCUUGGGGAAGUGGUAGUCAGGAGAAGGUGGAACUAACUGCUGCACAAGUAGAAUCCCUUCGAACUGAAAUCGUUGAUUUAGAAGAAAGAGAAGCCCACCUGAAAGCUCAAUUGGAACAAAUUGAUGAAAUUUUGAGGUCUGCGCGCCUGGCUGGCUAUUUGUUUAUCCGAACCAGAUGGACAGCAUUACCAGGAGAGCCACCUCCCCUAGAUGAUGCUGAGGUUGACGACUGGCUUCCUCGUUUUCUCGUUCUGCACGGUCCAUGCAUCUUUUUCUAUUUACGGUCUACAGACUUUAGCCCACAAGAUUCCACUCUACUGUCUGAUAUUGUUGAAGUCGGUCCGCUUCCAAGCUUCAUAAGAGAAGAAGAUGAGCAGACAAGAUAUCCAUUUUAUAUGUUAACUCGCCAGGGACUACGCUUUGAGUGCUCAAGUCCAUCUCAGAUACAGGUGGAUGCUUGGUUGACAGCACUACGGAUUGACUGUAAAUCGAUGCCUGAAACAACAACUACACAACCCCAAGACUUGAGCAAGUCAUAAUGUUAAUGCAGUUUGGCGAAAAUGUAAAUAGACUAAAUAGAUUUAAGUAGUGAUAACUUACAUUAAAAAGGUCCAUUGUCUGGACUCUGGGAUACUGUUGUUCAAUUCCCAAUGUGUAUAGCCAAAAUAGAGUAACUUUCUUACUGUUUUAUGAAACUACUUUGUCUGUUUUCUUUCAUUUCAACCUCAUGCCAUGGGCAUCAUUCAACGCUCAA